UCGCUAGAUGGUGUGUGAGCCACCCGAGACUAGACGCGUUCCGGACUCGGCCAAAAGAAACCAGGCGAGGCAGAACUCUGCCAGUGCCUUGGCUGCCUGGCUGGAGGGAAGACCCGUCACGAGUACCAGGGGCUGGGGACUGAGAGGAGCUGGAAGCUGAGAGAGAGCAGCCCCGAGCAGGGAUGGACAUGAUGCUGUUGGUGCAAGGUGCUUGUUGCUCAAACCAGUGGCUGGCUGCUGUGCUCCUCAGCCUGUGCUGCUUGUUGCCCUCCUGCCUCCCAGCUGGGCAGAGUAUGGACUUCCCUGGGGCAGCUGUGGACAACCUGGUGGUCAGAAAAGGGGACACGGCUGUGCUUAGGUGUUAUUUGGAAGAUGGAGCUUCAAAAGGUGCCUGGCUGAACCGGUCAAGUAUUAUUUUUGCAGGAGGUGAUAAAUGGUCAGUAGAUCCUCGAGUUUCAAUUGCAACAGCAAAUAAAAGGGAAUACAGCCUACAGAUACAGGAUGUAGAUGUGACAGAUGACGGUCCAUACACUUGUUCUGUGCAGACCCAACACACUCCGAGAACAAUGCAGGUGCACUUAACUGUACAAGUUUCUCCGAAGAUAUCUCGUAUUUCAACUGACAUUGUUGUGAAUGAAGGAAGCAAUGUUACACUUACUUGCUUGGCCACUGGGAAACCAGAGCCUUCCAUUUCUUGGAGACACAUCUCUCCAUCAGCAAAACCAUUUGAAAAUGGACAAUAUCUGGACAUCUAUGGAAUUACAAGAGACCAGGCUGGGGAAUAUGAAUGCAGUGCAGAAAAUGAUGCCUCAGUCCCAGACGUGAAAAAAGUAAAAGUCACAGUAAACUUCGCCCCCACAAUUCAGGAACUUAAAUCCAGUGGUGUGAUGCUAGGAGGUAAUGGAUUGAUAAGAUGUGAAAGUGCAGGAGUUCCUGCUCCAGUCUUUGAGUGGUACAAAGGAGAGAGAAAACUGAUCAAUGGUAAACAUGGAAUUACUAUUAAAAACUAUAGUACAAGAUCACUUCUCACUGUCACCAAUGUAACAGAGGAGCAUUUCGGCAACUACACAUGUGUCGCUGCCAACAAGCUGGGGGUGACCAAUGCCAGCCUGCCUCUCAACCAAAUUAUUGAGCCUACUACCUCUAGUCCUGUCUCAAGCCCAGCUCCAAGUACAGCCCAGUAUGGGAUUACCGGUGGUGCUGAAGUUCUGUUCUCCUGCUGGUACCUUGUGUUGACACUAUCCUCUUUCACCAGCAUAUUCUACCUGAAGAACAUCAUUCUACAAUAAAUAUAAAGAACCAUGAAAGGCUUUUAAGGAUUCUCUGAAAGUGCUGAUGACUGGAGCCAAUCUGGUAGAGUUUGUUAAAAGCAGCGUGGGAUAUAAUCAGCAGUGCUUACAUGGGGAUGAUCGCCUUCUGUAGAAUUGCUCAUUAUGUAAAUACUUUAAUUCUACUCCUUUUUUUGAUUAGCUGCAUUACCUUGUGAAGCAGUACACAUUGUCCUUUUUUAAGACGUGAAAGCUCUGAAAUUACUUUUAGAGGAUAUUAAUUGUGAUUUCAUGUUUGUAAUCUACAAGUUUUCAAAAGCAUUCAGUCAUGGUCUGCUGGGUUGCAGACUGUAGUUUACAAAAAAAAAAAAUAUUGCAGUGAAAAUGUGAUUCUUUAAGGCUGCAAUACAAGUAUUCAGUUCCCUCUUUAAAUAUGAUUCUAUCCACAUUUAUUCAGAAGUCUUUUUAUUUUAAAAAAUCAAAUAAUAUUGCCUUCAAAACAUCUCUUCAAAAUAUAACACAUAUCUAGAUUUUCUUCUAGCAUGAUAUUCAGGUUUCAAGAAUGAGCCUUGUAAUAUGACUGCAUAAAGCGGUUCUGCUUCCCCACCCCGCCCUGUAAAUUCAGCAUGGGUGUGCCUUCAUAAAAUACUACUUUUCUCUUCCUCUCCAACAAUUCUGAAAUGUGUACUGGUAAAUGACAACAUGUAAAUUCAAGCGUACCUAAUCUCCAGUUGAGGACAAAGAUGCUAUUGGCUAAAAAGAAUACCUUCUCUUCCACCUCCAGUGGGGUAAUGGAACUGCUCCAAACUCUGCCCACAACAAUUAGACUACAUGGUAUUUUUUUAACCAGUCAAUCAAAAAUAGCACAGGUAUAUUUCCCUUAUUUUUUCCCUCUAGUGUAGUUAAUUUGUAGAUUUUGUUUGUGAAACAAGUUUUCCCAGUAUAAAAUACAGCACAACUCUCUUAAGAGACUUCUUGUGAAUGUAGCACUUUUUUUCUCUUUCAUUGCUCUAAGUCAGAACUCUUAAAAGGCUGUAUAUGUGAGAUGGUGACAGUCCCUUUUUUAUUAUUGGCCAGUACUACAUGAAUUGAUAUUCUUGCACUGGAGUUGUACUGAUCAGCUAACAUAGCAAUGAUACUUUCAUUGCAAAUGUUUUUAAAUCUCAGAUAGCUGAGAACAUAGGAAGCAUUGAACAUACAUUUAAUAUAGAUAUAUUUAAAAACAAGUGGCUCCAAUAACUAUAUUUUGGUGCACUUUACAAAUGGCGUCACAUUGCAUCUUAAUUGCCAGAAUUUCAUUAAUGCACUGCUAAGAUGUAUUAAUAUCUUACCGUAACAAUUAAUUUCACCUUUCAUAAAUGACUCUUGAAGUCCCCACAUAUUGCAUUGAGUUCAAGAGAAGUUUUGUCUGAGUAACGGAUUGGAUCCUAAAAUAGCAUAUUUUAUUUCUAUGGAUAUAAUAGAGUUGUUGGGUUUUUUUUUAAACAGCCUCUAAUUUUGCUCCCAAAUUAUUGUACAGUCAUGCUGUAAAUUAAUUGUGAGCACUAAGUUGCACUUGCAAAACUGGAGGCUGAAGCAAGGUCCCUUUAAAAAUUUGACUCAUUAUGAAAGUUGACCAUAUAUGGUCCAGGCCAUCACCCGUUGUAGUCAGUACAUAGAUACCCACCCACUUCAAUGGAAUUAGAUUGGGCCCAUAUAGAAAGAGCCACUGGUGAUAAGAAUUUCUAAUUAAAACAUUAAUUACAAUAUAAAAUUAUCCAGUCACUUGUUCAAUAUAUAAAACCACAGUAAAUAAUAACAAGACUGCUGCCGUGUGAAAGUUGGAGUUAUUUAUAUCAAAAGAAGAUUGUCACUGAACACCAUAUUGCUAAUUUGGCUACAUUUUUAGUAUCACUGCCACAGAAAUUUCACUCAGACACACUCCUACUCAGUCAUUUUUUGCUACUGUGUUAAGCUCCGUAACUAGCUAGCUGGGUACUGUACAUAUUCAGCACUUUCAAGUUCAUUUUGCAAAUAUCCUAUUUUUUAAAACUCAAAUUAUGAAUUUCUUUAGUACCUUGAUCAACUGCCCUAUUACUAAUAUAUAAACAAAAUAUGCAGCAAAUAUGUUGUAAUUACUAAAUGACACUUAGAUAAGGAGCAUAAAAACAAUACACUGACUCCGUAACAGGGCAAUAAAAUGUAUUGAAUCACGCUGUUUGUGUUCAGUAACAGAUUAGAAUAUUUCUAUUAUUCUCUUAAACUUGUGUGUUAAGCAGGUUCUAUUUUCAUAAAUAUGGCAUUUUUUUAAAACCUUGAAUAACAUGAUGACAUUUUAUUAGCUGAGGAAGCAGUGUAUAAAACAGUACGAACCAUCUUGUACACUAUCCUGACAUUCUGAUCACUCUUGUAUUGCAGCUUUAAAGUGCUAAGCUCUAGAAUCCAUUCAAUAGAAAAAAUGGUGCUGCAGAAAGUAUUACAUGUGAGUACAGUUUUACAAAGAAAGAAACAGAUCAAGGAGAUGUAUAACUCAGAUGCCUCUUCUCACAUGAAUUAGGAAUUGUUUCUAUACUGUAGCUGGACCAAAUUCUAUAUUUAGGCUAAUUGUUUUUUUUUUUUUUUCAUGAUUACUGACACAUGGAAUGUGAGGAUUCUGGCAGCAGAAUAGAUUAUGGAAACAUUUUUAUUAAAUAUGAAAAAAUUAAGUAUUUACUUUUUUGCAUCAUGAGAAUAUUCUUGCCAAUAAAGCCACUGGAAAACAUAGGCCAAAUUUUCAACUUAGCCUCUGAAUUUGCACUUGCAAUUUUUGUGAGACAGUUUGUAGCAUGCAAAAAUCCACAUUUGUGGGCGCAACAUUUGCUUCUGCAAACUAGGUACCUAAACAUCUAUCGGCUCUGCAUGUUCGAAAGUGAUAGUUUGUGUGUGCAAAUUUAAGAGACCAAUCCUGUGCAUAAGUACUGGGGCCACUCACAUUAACACUAUGUCGGUCAUUAAAUGUUUGUAGGAUUGGUCUCUCACAGGGUGUUUAUGAACAUCUGACCAUCUAAGGCUCCAAUUGUGCAAAGAGUUAUGCAUAUGCAUAACUUCAUGCACUGAGUAGUCUCGAAGAAACUACUCACAGUACAUAAAGUUAAGCACAUUCCUAAGUUUUUGCAGGGUUGGGGCCCAACUCAAUAUUGGUCAAAUAAAGUUACUUGCGUCUUAGGUUAAUCUGUUCCAUAUGGUAACCUGAUAAUUGUACAGUUUGGGACUUAUUGGGACAUUCUUUCAACAUGGACAGUGCGGACUGUUGCAAAUUAAAUACGGUAGCAUUUUACAAAAUUGAUCUUUUAAUCUCUGGUGUAUAUUUGCCUUCUAGCUGAUACUUUCAUGAUCUGCUCGUCCAAUUGAUACCCCUUACUACUGUUCAGACUUUUUAAUCAAUUAUUAUUAUAUUUAUCCCACCAUGAAAAAAUAUAGAAAAUAAAUGGAUUUGCUCCAAGCAGUACAACAUUUCUUAUGCUAAAACUGUUGUCCCGCACUUGAAUUACUAAAGUUUGUAAUUCCAUAAGUUCCUGAAUGUGCAAUGACUCAGGUCUAUUAACCACCAUUGCAUUGAUGACAUAUAUGGGCAAUGGUGCUGUAAUUAUAGUGUUGCUGAUCAUGAUUCUUUACUAAUAUUGAAUUUAAGGAUGUCUCAGAAUUUCUAAUACAAAC